CACGUGGCCAGGCUGCACAGCCAUGAUCCCCGAAGUGCCUGGUGCUGCAGACGUCACCGGAGCUCCUGAGUUCGAAGAUCCCGUUUGGCCCUGGAAAGAAGCCCCGAUCGCGACGCUGGUGCAGCGAAUCCACCAGCUCCAGGCUGAGCGCUCACAGGCCUUCCGCCGCUUGGACGAAGCGCACCGCCAGUACCUACGCAGUGGUCCGCACUAUGACUUUCCUCGCUACCGGACCGCAGUACAUGAGGUGACCCAGGUCUUUGCCGCCGCCUCGCGGGAGGUGCUGGCGGUGGAAGCGGAGCUGGCAGGGCCGCGGGAGCAGCCGCUGCUCGCCGGCCACGUGCGCAGCCUGCAGCAGCUGGAGCAGACCCGCCUGGCCACGGUGGCGCUGCUGCAACUGAUGGCAACGCCAGAGGUGACAAACCAGGAGGACUCCACAGAGACGCACCAGCUGAAAACAAAGGUAAUUAAAACCAUGGAGGCGAUCAGCGAGGUUCUCCAGGAACUCAGGUUGGAUGCCGAAUCUGCUGAGUGAGGGUGGCUCCCCAGAGAUGCCGAGAAAGGAAGAUUGGAAAAGAGGCUGGUGGCUUCCAGCCCAGCCCUGACCGCCAGCUGGUCGAGGUCAUGCCCUUCUGGGCUGUCCACCUAUGUACUUCCCACAAUAAAGGAAACUCAGUCUGCAA